GAGAGGCUUUGCUCCUCACUCUUUCACUACAGCUCCACUAGGACUUACUACAUUCUCUGAAAGCUCAGCAAACCACUGCAGCUGAUCUUUUUGUGUUUCUUUCCUAUUACACUAGCAAAUUUGUCAUGGCAUUUUUACCCAGAGCCCUUCUUCUGCUGCUGCUUGCAGAAGUUUGUAUUCAACUGAGUGGAGCUGAAGAACCAGAUGUGACACUGUUUGAAUCAACCAGUAAUAAAGGAAUUGACAGGUGCUGGUGUUUGAACAGUUUGAACAGAUAUGUCCCAAAAGAAGAAAUUGAAGAGUUCUCUAUUUUCCCCCGAAGAUCAAAUUGUGACAAGGUUGAAAUCAUACUGACACUAAAACCUGUGAAUAACUCACCUGAAGGCAUCCAGCGCUGCUUGAGUCCAGAAACAAAACAAGGAAUUAACCUGCAGACUUGCUGGAAAAACAAGAACAUCAACAACAGUCCCACUUUAAAGAUAUCCAGCUGCUUCCAGAUAAAGCCAUAAAUGAAAGUUGCAGAAAAGCACAAGAGGACAGAAGGGGUGGGGGGUGGGGGCGGACAUUCACUGGCCAAUCAGAAUCCGGGGUUUUGAAUUUUGGCCUCAAACAGCUGAUGGGAAAUCACAGAAGACCUGAGCUGAGAACACACUGAGCACUGCCAGUAACCGCCGGACGCAGAUGUUGUUGACAAAAGCAUUUGGAUUAGUAUUCACUUGCUGUAUAACUGAAGUACUGCAUGUAUCAUUACUCCAAUGAUUACUCCAAUGUUUCAAUGGCUACAUUUAAAUGGUUUUAUAAUGAAUCUUAUUUUAUAAUGUCAAAAGUUAAAAUGUGUUUUAUUAUUUUUGUCUGACAAGGCCUUUUAAUGUCAUAUAUAACAUGUGAUGUUAUUUUACACAUUUAUUUUCCAAAUCCAUUAUAUUUUCCUCUUGAUAUGGUUAAUUGUAUAGGAAACAUGUAGCAGUAUUGCAUAGAUAAUAGAUGUCGAUCUAUUUGCAAGACUUUUUAUGUGUAGAUUUUACAUGAGCUCCAUCUUCUGGUCAUGCCUAUAAAUGUACACUAAAAAUGCCUUAAAGUUUAAUGAUUGACAAAAUAAUUAUUUAGCAGAUGCGUUUAUCUUUUUUUAAUGGUGUGUGCUUCGAACCUUUUUGGCUUCCAGCCCAGACCUUUACCCCUAUGUCAAUGAAUUGAAUUUAAAAUACAUCUGAAUUAAAUUAAAAUACAAUUGAAUUCAUUCAUCAUCACACAUCUCAAUAUAUAUUUACAUGCUGUUAGAAAACUGAAUGAAAUAAGCAGGGGAAAAACAUUGCUUAUUUUAUUUUAAAAUAAAAGUCAUUUAUUUGAAAGCAGAAAAUAUAUACAAGUAAUAAAAUAUUUUUUAAAAGGUGUUUUCGUUUAGCUUUCAUCCAAUUAUGCCAUCAUUCAUUUUAUCAUAUACUGUAACUUUACUUUUGUAAAGUUCAGCGGAGCAAGUCUUUGCUCGGGGAGGACGCAAACUUGCCCGAAAGGUUUCUCUCUCUGUGUGUGUGUGUGUGUGUGUGUGUGUGUGUGUGUGUGUUCUCCUUUCCCUUGUCUCAGGGGAAAUCAAAGCUUUUCUCUGGGUUUAACUAAGAGGGUUUCAAGAGAAGAAUAGAUACUCAAUAAAUUUCCACACUGUCAGUCGUGUUAACGCUUUGUCUCCCUCUGUCUCUUUCCUUUAAUUCAUAUCUCUUCAGAGAAGCAGCAAAAUUAAGUUUUGCGCCUCAACUCAAAACAGGGAUGGCUUGAGGCUUGAAUAGAGUUAAAUAAUAAAAAGAUCCCUAAACCUAAGCCAUUUAUAUUUAGAUAAGAAAAUAAAAAUAAAAAUAAAAA